UUCAUCUUCUCUUUUCGUUGCUUUGCAGAAGGUGUAUAGAUUUUGCCCGCGUCGCUUCUUCGGCUCCUUCGUGGCUAUUCGACUUCGCUCCUUCUACGACUUUACCUUCCGGUCGGAUCGGAAGUUACAACAUUUUGAUCGGAAGCAAGAACGGGAGCUCCCUGGCUGUGAAGGAGGCAUAUAGGGUUUCCUUUUCCCUUUUAUUUCGUGAUUCGACUUCGUUGUUUCGAGAGUCGCUUCUUCGGCUCCUUUCUUCUGUUCGACUUCUCUGCGACAAGUCGCUUCUUGGCUCCUUCGACGACGUUCACUUCCUGUCAGAUCGGAAGUCACGACAUUUCGACGACCUUCUUCCUGUUGGAUCGGGAGUAACGAGGGGAGCUCGCUCGCUGUGAAGUUCAGAAAAGUAACUCUAGUUUAGAUGGUCAUGGUGGAUGAGGAUGCGAAGCCCCUUAACUAUGUCCAUGAAACCGUGUUGAGGAAAAGAAAAGUUAAUGAAGAGUGGGCUAUAAAGAAGAGGGAACGGGUUGAUGCAAAAAAGAGACGAUACGCUGAGAACAAAAAAUUUGCCAUCAAACGUCCUGAGCAGUUUGUGAAAGAGUACCGUGACAAGGAGUUGGAUCGGGUUCGAGCAAGACGAAGAUUAUUGAAAUUGAGGAAAUUGCCAGCAAUUGACUUGAAGUCUAAUUUACUCUUUGUUAUCCGCACACGAGGAAAGAAUGAUAUGAGUCCACAAACUGGAAAAGUUUUGAGAAGGUUGAGAUUGAGACAUAUCCUUAGUGGUGUAUUUUUAAGAGCCAAUGAUUCGGUACUCAGAAUGUUAACUAGUGUUGAACCAUUUAUUACUUAUGGCUAUCCUAAUUUGAAAAACGUGAGAGAGCUAGUUUAUAAAAAGGGUUGCGGAAUGAUAGACAAACAACCAGUGCCUCUCACUGACAACAAUGUUAUCGAACAGGCGCUUGGGAAGUAUGGUAUCAUCUGUAUUGAAGAUAUUGUUCAUCAAAUCGCCACAGUUGGCCCACAUUUCAAAACAGUGGCUAGCUUUCUAUGGCCAUUCAAACUUAAACGGCCAGAGAGAUUUCCUACGAUGAAGAAAAAGCCAUACAAAAAUGGAGGUGAUUCUGGCAACCGUGAAGAACACAUCAAUGAAUUUAUUGAAAUGCUAAACUGAAGAAGUUAAACAAUAGUUGCUUACUGGGAACUCAUAUGAGGUGCUCUUUAAUCUUUAUCGUUCAUGCUGAAAAUCUCAUACUUUUCUUUUCCUAGAUUCACGUUUUUAUUUGCUAUGAGAAUCGCCAUUGUAGGUCUAUGAAGUCCUUGGUUUAUUAGUUCUGUACCUUUUGAGUUUUUCAAGGAAAAGACUAUUGAAAAUCAAAUAUUUGCCAAAGCAAUUUUUUUCUUUCUUAUCACUUAGAUAGUUUGAAUGUGCUAAACUAUACGUUCCAUCCAUGUUUAAUCUUUACAAUCAUCAUCCAAAA